UGCGCCUCGUGGGCGGAGUUGUGUUCUCCGGUAGAGUCUCCGUUCUGCAACUGGGUGGGAGCUGGGCCGGAGAAGCAGCGAGGUAGACCGUCUUCGGUCGUUGGCUGACUCUCCUUGCCAUGGAUCACGGGAUCCUUUCUCCGCCGGCGGACUUACUGUCCGAUGAGGAUGUUCUAGUCUCCCCCAUGUUUGAAUCCACAGCUGCAGACCUGAGGUCUGUGAUCCGAAAGGACCUGUUGUCAGAGUGCUCUGUCAUCUCCACGUCUCUGGAAGACAAACAGGCUCCAUUUGAGGACACUGCAGAGAGGGUGAAAGUUUACCUUCGAAUCAGACCCUUCUUAACUUCUGAGUUGGACCGACAGGAAGACCAGGGCUGUGUCCGUAUUGAGAAUACAGAAACCCUUAUGCUACAAGCACCCAAAGAUUCCUUUGCCUUGAAGAGCAACGAGAGGGGAAUUGGUCAGGCUACCCACAAAUUCACCUUUUCCCAGAUAUUUGGACCAGAAGUGGGACAGGCACCCUUCUUCAACCUGGCUGUGAAGGAGAUGGUAAAGGAUGUACUCAAAGGGCAGAACUGGCUCAUAUACACAUACGGAGUCACCAACUCAGGGAAAACCUACACAGUUCAAGGUACUAUUAAGGAUGGGGGGAUCCUGCCUCGGUCCUUGGCUCUCAUCUUUAAUAGUCUCCAAGGCCAACUUCAUACAACACCUGAUCUGAAGCCCUUGCUCUCCAAUGAGGUAAUCUGGCUGGACAGCAAGCAGGUUCGACAGGAGGAACUAAAGAAGCUGUCCUUGCUAACUGGAGGCCUCCAGGAGGAGCUGUCCACAUCGUUGAAGAAACGUGUCCACAUUGACAGUCGGUUGGGUACCAGCACCAGCUUUGACAGUGGCAUUGCUGGGCUCUCUUCCACCAGUCAGUUCACUAGCAGUAGCCAGCUGGAUGAAACAAGUCAGUCAUGGGCACAGCCAGACACUGCCCCAGUAAGUGUCCCAGCAGACAUUCGCUUCUCUGUCUGGAUCUCCUUCUUUGAGAUCUACAAUGAAUUGCUUUAUGACCUGUUAGAAUCACCUAGCCAUCAGCAUAAGAGACAGACACUGCGGCUGUGUGAGGAUCAAAACGGCAAUCCUUAUGUCAAAGACCUCAACUGGAUUCAUGUUCGAGAUGUUGAAGAAGCCUGGAAACUCUUGAAAGUGGGUCGUAAGAACCAGAGCUUUGCUAACACCCACCUGAACCAGAACUCUAGUCGAAGUCACAGCAUCUUCUCAAUCAGAAUCUUGCACCUUCAGGGAGAAGGGGAUAUAGUGCCCAAGAUCAGUGAGUAAGUUUUCCCACUUAAAACUGGGAACUUCUCAAAGGAAUUAAUUAGUGGUGAACGGCUAAAGGAAGCAGGAAACAUUAACACUUCUCUGCAUACCCUGGGUCGAUGUAUUGCUGCCUUGCGACAAAAUCAGCAGAACCGGUCAAAGCAGAACCUGAUUCCUUUCCGAGACAGCAAGUUGACUCGUGUGUUCCAAGGCUUCUUCACUGGUCGAGGCCGUUCAUGUAUGAUUGUCAAUGUGAAUCCCUGUGCAUCCACUUACGAUGAGACUCUUCAUGUGGCCAAGUUCUCGGCCCUUGCCAGCCAGCUUGUGCAUGCCCCACCUGUACAUUUGGGAAUCCCAUCCCUGCAUUCAUUCAUCAAGGAACACAGUCUUCAGGUAUCCCCUGGCUUAAAGAAAGGAGACCACACCGACUCAGGCCUUGAUGACCAUCCUGAAAACGAAGCUGACAUCUCCAUGUAUGGCAAGGAGGAGCUAUUACAAGUGGUGGAAGCCAUGAAAACACUGAUUUUAAAGGAACGACAAGAAAAGCUGCAGUUGGAGAUGCAGCUCCGGGAGGAAAUUUGCAAUGAGAUGGUAGAACAGAUGCAACAGCGGGAGCAAUGGUGCAGUGAGCAUUUAGACCACCAAAAGGAACUGUUGGAGGAACUGUAUGAAGAGAAGCUAAAGAUCCUGAAGGAAUCAUUGACAAGUUUCUACCAAGAAGAGAUUCAGGAGCGGGAUGAAAAAAUUGAAGAGCUAGAAACUCUAUUGCAGGAAGCCAAACAGCAGCAGCCUGUGGCUCAACAGUCAGGGUCUGAACUGUCCCUACGGCGGUCACAAAGGUUGGCAGCUUCUGCCUCCACUCAGCAGCUGCAGGAAGUUACAGCUAAACUAGAGCAAUGCAAAGCAGAGUUAAACUCUACAACUGAAGAGCUGCAGAAGUAUCAGCAAAUGUUAGAACCACCACCGACAGCCAAGCCCUUCACCAUUGAUGUAGAUAAGAAGUUAGAGGAGGGCCAGAAGAAUAUAAGAAUGCUACGGACAGAGCUUCAGAAAUUAGGACAGUCUCUCCAGUCAGCAGAAAGGGCCUGUUGCCACAGCACCGGGGCAGGGAAACUUCGGCAAGCCUUGACCAACUGUGAUGACAUCUUAAUCAAACAGAACCAGACCCUGGCUGAGCUACAAAAUAACAUGAUGCUAGUGAAACUGGACCUUCGGAAAAAGGCAGCCUGCAUUGCUGAGCAGUAUCACACUGUGCUAAAGCUCCAAAACCAGGCUUCUUCUUCUAAAAAGCGGCUGGGAACAAACCAGGAAAACCAGCAACCAAAUCAUCAACCCCCAGGAAAGAAACCAUUCCUUCGAAACUUACUUCCCCAAACACCCACCUGCCAAAGUUCCACAGACAGUGGCCCUUAUACACGGAUCUUGCGCUCAUGGCACUCUCCUUUGCUCAAAUCUCCUUUUGGCAAAAAAUACUAAAGUUGUGGAGAUGAAAAUGCAUGCUUGAUGCUCUGAGAUUGGUCAGCUGCUCAGCUUGUCUCUUAAGCUUCAGCAUAUAUGUAUAUAUAUCCUGAACUGUAUUCAGAAUUAUUAUAAUACCUAUAUAAUCUCUUUUUUUUUUUUCCCAUGCACAAAUAUACUGAAUAAAGACAUGGUUUAUGCUUU